AUGGCGCACAUAAUUUCGGGUGACGAUAUCUACGGACCGGGGACUUGGAUCGAUUCAGAGGCGCUGCCAGUGCCCGAUGAUGCCCGUCGACUUUUCAAGGUGCUGGCGGAAGCGACACCUGAAUUCACCAAUGAUCUGAGAUGUUUUCGGAACGCCGCUCAGACUGCGUGCGACCGCAAACUACGAGACCAAGGACGAUGGCAUCUGGUUUCAACUGCAUGGGUCUCUGGGCGCAGAUCCGGUAUUUCAGAGACCAUUGGCAUAGACCCGUCCCAAGAGUGCAGCAGUCAUGACGAGGCCUAUCAGCUGAUCGCCGAGCAAGUGCGCAAGUUUGGAGCGCAUGAGCUGGAGAUGAUGCACUUAGUUCAAGGCCUUUGUGGGAGCAUCUGCUAUACUCCGGCUGGAUGGAGACAGACACGCAUGUCCAAGGACCUGUCCAAGCACCCUCUGAUCAACUACAAGCUGCAGGCACAUGUAGUCCCUACACCGGCUAUUCCUUUGCCAGUAUCUGCGGAAAAACGGCCCCUGGCGGGCAUCAAGGUCGUGGAGCUCGUUCGCAUUAUUGCCGGUCCUGUGAUCGGGACGACCUUGGCAGCUCUUGUGGCGGAUGUCACCCGCGUGAACUGUGGUCGCCUGCCUGACUUCAAUGUAAGCCACGACUAUCCCCUCAAUCUUGCUACUGUACUCUUCACUUGGUGGAGUCUUGUGUCACUUCAACUUACGCUGAAUGCUGGCGUCAGAACCAUAGACGUUGACUUGGCCAAAGACGAUGAGGUAAAGCACUUGCUCAAGCUUAACAAAGAUGCAGACGUCUUCAUCCAAGGCUACAGGCCGGGGGUGAUUGCCCGAAAGGGCCUCAGCCUUGACGAUCUCCUAGGGAUAGCCGGCAAGAGAGGCAAGGGCAUCGUGUAUGUGGAGGAGAACUGCUACGGGCCAGACGGGCCAAUGGCUGAGCGACCUGGCUGGCAGCAAAUUGCCGAUGCCGCUUCCGGGUGCUCCCAUGUCACCGGACGAAGCUUGGGCUACAAAGAUGGGAGAUGCGUCUUACCCGCUCUGCCUGCGCCGGAUAUGCUCACAGGCUUGGUCGGAGCCAUCGGUACUAUGAUGGCCAUCAGAGAUCGUGCUCGUCAAGGCGGUUCCUACCACGUGUUUGCUUCUCUCAUGGCCGCGGCUGCCCUUCAUUUAAGCCUUGAGGUUGGGCCAUACUCACCAGAGGUAGUACAGGGCUACAAUCAGAAGUUUGGUUGGGACGAAACUGGUCCUGAGCUCUUUGUGCUGGAGCUUUUGGAUGUCGUACUGAAAUCAUGGGGUCGAGCGAUGCCGAAAUAUUCCGGGGAAGACUCACCGUAUAUGUCUACCUUGAAAGGUGACUGGGGCGAAUUUCAGAUGUUGAAACCCGUCAUUCAGUUAAGCGAUGUAAACCCGUCGCCAUACUUCUCAUCCGCUCCCGAGCCUAACUGCUAUCGCAGCAGUGGUGCAAUAGCGUGGCGAUAG